AUGUCCGUGCUGCAGUCCCUCGCGGGGACGAUCGAGCCCAGCCCUCUCUCCAAGUAUGAACUGGAGCGUCUGGAUAGGAUCGAAGCCAACCGGCGGCGUAUGGAGGAGCUGGGUGUCCUCGAGACCGCCCGCAGCCUGAUGGACGCCAUCAACGCCAGCAAGCCGCCGCCCCGCGCCCCCAGGCCGCACAAGCCCAAGGUGCGUGUCACACACCCCGCCGACUAA